AUGGACGCAAAGGACUUUGUAGAGAUCGAUGGCUCCUACUUGGAGGGCGGCGGACAGGUGCUGCGCAACGCCCUGAGUCUCAGCUGCAUCCUGGGCAAACCGGUGCGCGUGGUCAAGAUCCGGGCCAAUCGUCCAAAGCCGGGACUCUCGCAUCAGCACCUGCAUGGACUGAACCUGCUCCGGGACAUCGCCAACGCGGAUGUGGUGGGCAACACUCUGCUCUCCACCGAAGUGGAGUUCACGCCGCGCUCCAUUGGCGGGGACACAUACCACGUGGACACGCAGACGGCGGCCAGCAUCACCCUGAUCUACCAGAUGGCCCUGCCCGUCCUGCUCUUUGCCGGACGCCCUUCACGCCUCUACGUGUCCGGAGGCACAAACGUGGCCUUCGCCCCCCAGGUGGAGUACAUGGAGCAGGUGCUGCUGCCGAACCUAAAACACUUUGGGGUGGGCUUCGAUCUCCAAGUGCAGCAGUACGGCUUCUAUCCGAGCGGCAAGGGCAGCUGCCAGUUGGACGUGCAGCCAGUGGAGAAGCUGCUAGCCGGUCAAUUCCUGGACUUCGGCCACCUGCAGCUGGUCAGCGGAGUAGCCUUCUGUGCCGGCCGCCUGCCCAGGACCAUUGCCACGGACAUGCAGCAGACGGCACAGCGCGAGAUCCACCGCCUGUGGCCGCACCAAAUGUGCAGCAUCGAAGCAGUGAAGCAUCUGCCGGAGAAGGCUCGCCAAAACGGAGCCGGCAUCCUGAUGACGGCCCACACGUCCGGCGGCUGUGUCCUGGGCUCCGCCACGCUGGGCGAGAAGCGGGUCGAUGGGCGCUUGCUCGGCUCGGACGCCUCCUGCCAGCUGGUCGAGUACAUACGCAAGGAGAUCUGCGUCGAUGCCCAUAUGCAGGACCAACUUAUCAUCUACAUGGCCCUCGCCGUAGGCCGCUCCAGCAUGCGCACCGGGCCGCUGACCAAUCACACGCGCACCGCCAUCCAUGUGGCCGAGCAGCUGACCGGCGUCCAGUUCGACGUGGAAGUGGAGUCCUCCGGCCAGACGCUGGUCACCUGCGAGGGUCUGGGACAACUCAACCGGAUGCUUUAACAAUCUGGGACUUUAAUCUACGGCAAUCUUAAUCAUAGUGUCUAGACAUGUGAAGAAUAUACGAUGUGCGAGCCCUAGAGGCGCCGGAAAAUGGCCAGGAAA